AUGCGUGAUGUCGAGGACAUUAGCACUUUGCACGGCACCUACACGGAAUUGAGCAACAUAAUUCAUGACCACCGUGCAGUAACUAGGCGCAAGAAAAGAAAAAGCCUAACACGGGAGAGGUAUGCCGAACUGCAAAACGCUUUGACGAAACUAGAAGAACAAUUCAAAGGCAUCGAACAGGUGGCAUCAGACAUUUUGAGAUUCGACAAUGCGGCGUACUUUAGAGCAGCAAUCAGACAAGCGAGCAUAUUCAUUCGGCAACACACGGAUCAAGGGUCUACGCAGACUCACGAUGAAGGGACAACGUGGGUAGGCGGCGACAAAUCAGCAUUAGAGUCAAAUACGGCGGGAGCUACACGAGGGCGUCUAAACGAUCUGCUUCAAAGUGCUUCUACAGCUGACGAAAGCAAUGACACGAUGCGAAAACUCUCAAUAUUCAACGUGACUACGAUUUGUAUUACGACGAAUUGA